CAACCCGCCCAGCUCACCAUUCCGCUACGCCCUACCUCAUCUUUGUGAAGCACUGUGGCACAAUGGCAUCAUCCGCACCUCAAUCGAGCAAUGGGACGCCGGGCUCCGGCCCGGGCGCUAAGAAGCAGCUGAUCAUCAACGCCUUUGUCGAGUCCUGCAGCGGCCAUCAGUCUCCGGGCUUGUGGAGGCACCCCCGUGACCGGUCCUCGAACUUCAACGACAUCAAGCACUGGGUCGAGCUGGCCAAGCUCCUCGAAAAGGGCCAUUUCCAUGGGAUGUUUAUUGCCGACGUGCUUGGCUCUUACGAUGUGUACAAAGGCCCGCGGAAUCCGGACCCGGCUAUAGUGUCAGGAGCACAAUGGCCUGUCAACGAGCCGCUCGCCGUUGUCCCUGCCAUGGCGGCCGCGACCAAGAAUCUCGGCUUUGGUGUCACCCUGGCCACAACGUAUGAACAGCCCUACCAUCUGGCUCGGAGGCUGAGCACAGUCGACCACCUGAGUGGUGGCAGGGUCGGCUGGAAUAUCGUGACUGGCUACUUGGACUCAGCAGCCAGGAACCUCGGACAUACCGAGCAGCCUGUGCACGAUGAGCGAUACGCAAUUGCAGAGGAAUAUGUCGAGGUCAUGUACAAGCUUUGGCAAUCAUCGUGGCGCGACGACGCAGUGAAGCUAGACAAGGAGAAGGGAAUCUACACAGACCCCAAGCUGGUGAGGACCAUCGACCACGUGGGCAAGUACUACACCGUCCCAGGGCCGCAUAUCUGCCAGCCGUCACCGCAGCGGACCCCAGUCAUCAUGCAAGCCGGGACAUCAAAGGCAGGCAAGACGUUCGCCGCGCGCCACGCCGAGGCCAUCUUCGUGGCCGGGCACAGCCCCUCGGUGAUAGCCAAGAACAUCGCCGAGAUCCGGGCCAUGGCGCGCGACGACUUCGGGCGCGACCCGCGCAGCGUCAAGUUUCUGGCGCUGGUGUGCCCCAUCAUCGCGGACACGACGGAGCAGGCGGCGGCCAAGUACGAGGAGUUUGUGAGCUACGGGUCCGAGGACGGCGCGCUGGCGCUGUUUGGCGGGUGGACGGGCAUCGACCUGGCCAAGUACGGCGACGACGAGGAGCUGCGCCACGUCGAGAGCAACGCCAUCCGGUCGGCCGUCGAGGCGUGGUCCAAGAGCGUGCCCGGCGUGCCCAAGUGGACCAAGCACACCGUUGCGAACCACAUCAAGGUCGGCGGGCUGGGCGCCACCGUCGCCGGCACCGCGGAGGAGGUCGCGGACGAGAUGGAGCGGUGGGUCCGCGAGGCCGACGUGGAUGGCUUCAACCUGGCGUACGCGCUGAUGCCUGAGACCUUUGAGGAUGUCAUUGAGAAACUGCUGCCUGUCCUGCGUCAGCGGGGCCUGUUCUGGGAUGGGUAUGCGGUGGACGGCGGGACUUAUAGGGAGAAUUUGUAUGGCAAGAGGGGGCUUGCGCGGCCGCCGCCGGACCAUGCAGCUGCGAAAUAUCACUGGAAGGCCGAGGGCUAG